AAAAUCAUUACUUCCGAUCUUAUAUAAUAUUUAAAAUAAUUUACUUAUCACGCAAUAACUUUGUUAGUUUGAUAAAUCGACUCCAGAUGGCGCUAAUUAAAAUGGUUUUUUUUUACUACGCGGUUUUAUUUACGGCGGAUUAGUCAUCGGUACAGAUGUAUUUUCAUUACGACGGUAUACAUAAACAUUAAUAAAUUAGACAGAGUGUGUAAAUGUAUCGAUGCGAAAACAAAACCGAAACCGAUCGUUCUCCAACGUGAGUUUCGAGCGAUAACGCAAUCGUCGGUCAGUUGAUACUUCGGAUUGCCUGCGAAUAUCGUUCUUAAAAACUGCUCUUUUCCUAUGUUUUUUGACGAAUAAUGGCAGAAGCACCGCUAAAACCGAAGUCAAAAGUUAAGAAGAAAAAACAGGAAAAGAAGGUUUUUGUGAAUAAACCCGAAGAAGCAUCUGAUGAACAAAUUUGUGAUAGUUUGUGUGAUGAAGUAAAAGAUGAUGUAACUGUUGAAGAAGAAAGGAAAGUUACAGAAAAAAUAGUGACAGUGUCUUCAUGUGACAGUGAAAAAAAUGAAAUUGAACUUGAUGUUAUUAAAGAUAAAAGUGAUAUUGAAAAAACAGAAACUGUAAAAGAAAUUUCUUCUAUAAAAACAAUAAAUUCCAUUAAUGUACAAACUCCAUCUGCUCCAACAGCAGAACAUUGUCCAAUAGCUGAAAAUGAUGCUUAUUAUAGUGCAUUUCAUGAACUACAAAGAGAAAUUAGAGAACUAAAUAAGCAAACAAUAGUGCAUAAGCAACCUUCAGAUGUUAAUUUAUAUCCACAACUUCCUCCAGAAUAUUCGCUUUCACAGAAAAAUGUUAAUUUAUAUCCACAACUACCUCCAGAAUAUUCAGUUUUAGAGAAAAGUAGUUUAUCAGCUAAUAAGCACCUUGAAAAUAAAUCUAUUCAUUCUAGAAACAUGUAUCCUGAAUUAUCAAAAACUGAAUAUAUGCAAUAUGGUGAAAUGAGACCAAAAGAAGAUGUACAGUGUUUGCCAUCUGAGAGUUUUCUAUCGAUUAUUAAAAGUGGAAAAAAAGAGUACAAUAUAAAUAGAGAAGAGAUCAGAGCAUAUACAAUUGAACAGUUAAUGAAUUUUUAUGAUAUUUCAAAAAUAUUAAAGAAAAAUGAUAUGUUCAUUAAUUCAUUCAUCAAGAAUGAAGAAAAUGUAGAGGAUAAGGAUUUAUUUAAGCUGAUUUUGAAAUACCAAAAUGCAAGACAAAAUAAAAAACUGUCAAAAGAAAAAUUGGAAAGUCUUCGGGAUAAAUUUUUUGAAGAUAAAGAAAAUGUUUGGAAUAUAAAAGCUACAUCUGAAAAAUUUGAGGAGCGAUGUGAAGACAAGAAAUGGGUCACCUAUCUGUAUAGUUACAAAGUAGCUGAAUUAAAUGAGCAAAUGCAUAAAAAUGUUUGCAAGAAUUUAAAUGAUAUUAGAAAUGAAAUUAAAUCCGAAUUUUGGUGCCAUUUGUUUGCUGUUGAUUAUUUCAAGUUGCAAAUUGAAAACUUUUUAUUUGAAUUAAGUUCCUUAUCAACAUUUAAAGAUAUUUCUACACAGAAACCAGUAACUGGAUAUAAUAAAAGAGAUUUUUCGGAACUAAAGAAUAUAGAAUGUUUGAAGAGAAGCAUAAGUGUUUUAUUUUGCUUUCAAAGAAGACGAACUGAUGAUGAUGAGUUUUUAAAAGAAAUUCAAGGAUGGCUAACAAAUUUGAUAGCUUUGUUGCUGAGAAUAGCUACUUUAGAAGAUCACUUGUUUAUAUUAAAUCAUGUGUUACGAUGCCCCCCAGGAGUCGGUGAAUGGGCAACAAAUUUUAUUCAGUUUCCAGGAUCGUGUUUAUGGUUAGCAUCAAAACACUCGUAUAUGGACUCGCCUCUCUUGGAUCAUAUUAUAACAGUUUUUGCAACACUUCUGUUUCCAAUUAGAGCAAGAGAGAAAUUUCUUGAAUGUUAUAAAUCAUCUGUAAUGUUGGCCACUGGAGGUGAAACACCCCAUGAUAAAUGGGUUAUGGUUACUUCUAUUGAAGGUGAAGAUACAGUUGAAGAAAUGGAUGUUUGUGAUAUUUUGCUAAGAUGGAAGGAAAGUGAUAUAUUGGGAUUAUUCCAGCAAAUACCAUUUGGCGAUAUGUUCAAAUUUUUAUUGGAAAUUAAAGUGGAAGACAAUAAAGAAUUUUGCAAAAUAGAUAAUUUUGAAGAAAAAAAAAUGGUCAAGCUUCUGUCCAUUGUUACAUGGUUAAUAUAUAUUUUUCGUGAAGGUUUUAAUACAUUUCAAUGCAGAAAAUACUGUGAUUUUUCUAAACUUCUUGGACAGUAUAUAAGUGAUUCAGUAAAAUACAUUUGUUAUCAUUGGAAGAAUUUUAGAAGUUCUCAUGAAUCAGUAGAUGAAGCAAUGACAAAAAGACUUCAAGUGGAAUUUGAUCAGUUUAUAUACAGAUCAGUUGCCAGCAUUUUAACUUCUAAAAGAAAAGAAGCAUGGCAAUAUUUAGUGCUGCCUUAUGAAUUAGUAUCACCAGAAACAAUGUGGCAUAUAGCAUGGUUGAUGGUUAACUGGCAUUCUACAGAAAGUAAUAAAUUAUCUGAUUCAGAUAUUAUUACUAAGUUACAAGAUUUAAAAUAUAGAGAGAUGUUUCAAGAGCAAUUGUGCCAUUUGAAGAUUAAUGAAAUUACUUAUUUAGUAAAUGGACUAAUGACUAUGAUUGUAUCCAGAAAACAAGAUGAAAAAUUGUAUGUCUGCAUAUUAACAAUUGUGGUUUUUGAGUUGUUUAUUUUUGAACUGUGUAACGGGAGUUGCACAGUUGUGCUAAAACCUGUCAAAAAAUUACUCAUUCUUGCUCUUCUGACAUCAUAA